AUGGCCGCCUCCGCCCCCGCCAAGAAGACCUUUACUAUUGGCACACGCAAGUCCAAACUUGCUUUGAUGCAAACCGACCUUGUGCUUGCAGCUCUCCAGAAAUCAUACCCCGAAUAUGAAUUCAAGACCUUGACUAAGGAAACCGCCGGCGAUCUCAACACUACCAUAGCUCUGAAGGAUUUCACAUCGAAAAACUUGUGGACCGAGGAGCUUGAGGAAUUGAUGAUCGGAGGCCAAGUAGAUUUAAUCGUCCACUCCCUCAAAGGUAAAAGCCGCAGGAACCUGUUGCCCCGCAUCACCUUUAAACCACCCCGCGCAAGCGAUGCUAACCCUGUUUUCAAUUCGGCAGAUGUCCCUACCCUUCUGCCUGACACCUGCACUCUUGGAAUGAUGAUGCCCCGUGAAGAUAGCCGAGAUGUCUUCGUUGUAAAACAAGGGCUGCCUUACAAGAGUCUGGCAGAACUCCCCGCCGGCUCCGUCGUUGGAACCUCCUCGAUUCGCCGCACCGCCCAACUGGCGCGUAAAUACCCUCACUUGAAGGUCCAGGAUAUCCGCGGAAACAUUGGAACUCGUCUGUCAAAGUUGGAUGCUGAGGAUAGCCCGUAUACCUGCGCAAUUCUCGCGGCGGCUGGUCUGCUGCGCCUGGAUCUGCAUGAUCGUAUCACUCAGUACCUCGACUCGAAGAACAGCGGUAUGCUUUAUGCUGUUGGACAGGGUGCCCUGGGUAUUGAGAUUCGCAAGGAAGAUACUCUACUGAAAGAAAUGGUGGCCACGAUUGGUCACCGGGAUACUACCUUUGCUUGUUUGGCUGAGCGAAGUCUUCUGCGAACCCUUGAAGGAGGCUGCAGUGCCCCUCUGGGUGUCGAGAGUGAGUGGGUAGAGAGUGCGGGAUCAAAGAAGCUGCGUAUGCGGUCCGUGGUUGUUAGCGUCGAUGGUCAGCAGUGCGCACAGGUCGAGGUUGAUGGCGAAGUGGACUCAACUGAAAGUGCUGAAGCCUUCGGUGUCACAGUAGCUAAAGCCUUGGUGGCAGAUGGCGCUGGCGCAAUUCUUGAGGAGAUUCAGCGAAACAAGGUCGCCAAAGCAAGUUUUGCAGUUUGA